AGAAAGAAAAAAGAAAGAGAAAGAAAAAAGAAAGAGAAAAAAGAAAGAAAGAAAGAAAAAGAGAAAGAAAGAAAGAAAGAAAAAAGAAACUAUUUUGUUGACAGCAGAGGGCGGAAGUUCAUUCUACCAUAACAACCAACGAAGAAGAAGUCUCUUCCGUGUCAACAUCAGUAACCGGAAGCUGUCAAGCUAAAAGUUUGUUUACAUGUUGAGCACACAACUAUACACGAAGACAUCUUAAAAACAGAGCGAAUACUGUGAUAUUUUCAACAACAAAAAAAGACAAUAAAUUAUGUCUUUAUUAAAAACUUUCCCUUUAAUGCAACCACUGUUUCUAGCUAAUAAUAAUGUUUAACACUGUUUUAUUUUGAAGAGUUAGCGGAAGUAGCGUCUCCUAGCAACCACGUGGACUUAAAGUGAAACCAGACGUGGAGUUUAGUCAACCAGGCAGAGAUAUUAGCAUCAAUAACACGUCAUUAAAGGUAAUAUGGAUUAUCAUUGCGACUUGUGGACUUGUGUUUCUUUGACACCAGAAGCUCGGAGAUGUAUUUCGCUUUAAAACACAUGUUUUGACAUGUUUUAUACCUCAGUGAAGACAGCCAAAGCUCGCUCAUCGAUCGCCUGAAGGUGUCAGAUUAGCUAGAAACCUGAUUUGAUCUGUCAAAGGGGACAACAUGCCUGAGAAGAUGUCCCCAGUCCCUGUCCUCCCGCUGGUGAUUAACUGCUUCUUGUCUGCUCUGGGCUGCAUGGCCACACUGAAACUCAUCCCUGCUUUCAAAGACUACUUCAUCUCAGCCAGACUGUUCGGAGUGGACCUAAACAAAACAUCCAAGAAGGAAGUCCCAGAGUCCCAAGGAGUGAUCAGUGGGACAGUCUUCCUCAUCAUCCUCUUCUGCUUCAUCCCAGUGCCUUUCCUUAGCUGCUUUGUAGGAGAUCAGUGCACGGGUUUCCCACACGAUGAGUUCGUACAGCUGAUUGGUGCACUUCUGGCCAUCUGUUGCAUGAUCUUCCUGGGCUUUGCCGAUGACGUGCUGAACCUGCGGUGGAGACACAAGCUCCUGCUUCCCUCCUUGGCUUCCCUGCCGCUGCUCAUGGUCUAUUUUACCAACUUCGGCAACACCGUCAUCGUGGUGCCCAAGCCCGUCAGAGCCCUGCUUGGGCUGCACUUGGAUAUGGGUAUUCUCUACUAUGUCUACAUGGGAAUGCUUGCGGUAUUCUGCACAAAUGCCAUCAACAUCCUAGCGGGCAUCAACGGCAUCGAGUCGGGUCAAGCCCUGUUUAUCUCCGGCUCCAUCAUCGUCUUCAACCUGCUGGAGCUCAGCGGAGAUUACCGUGAUGACCAUGUUUUCUCCCUCUACUUCAUGAUACCAUUCUUUUUCACCACAUUAGCACUUUUUUACCACAACUGGUAUCCUUCAUCUGUGUUUGUGGGAGACACUUUCUGCUACUUUGCUGGGAUGACCUUCGCUGUAGUCGGCAUCCUGGGACACUUCAGCAAAACAAUGUUGCUGUUCUUCAUUCCUCAAGUGGUUAACUUUAUCUACUCCUUGCCUCAGCUUUUUCACGUCAUCCCCUGUCCCAGACACCGGCUCCCCAGGCUGAAUCCAGACACAGGCAAACUGGGGAUGAGCUACUCUAAAUUCAAAAGAAAGGAUCUCUCUAAAUUAGGACACCUCAUUAUGAAGGUGGCAGAGUUAUUAAAGCUGCUGGAUGUGCGAAGAGGCCAGGAGGGAGAUGAUGAGUUUAUUGAGUGCAACAACAUGACCUUAAUAAAUCUGGUGCUGAAAUUACUCGGUCCCACCCAUGAGAGAAACCUCACAGUCAUCAUGCUCAUCAUACAGGUGAUAGGCAGCGUCUUGGCUUUUGGGAUCCGUUAUCAUCUGGUGCGUCUCUUCUACGACGUCUAGACGGCACACUGGGAAAGAGGAGAGAGAGCGCUGACUGAGAAAAUAUAAUUAUUGUUUUAUGGGACUAUUUUACAGGCUCAUGGUUCAUCUGCCUUUUGAUAGAUUUCAUUACCUCACUGUUACUUUUCUGCCUCAGAGUCUACCUGCAGUAUAGCCCCAGUGCACGGUUCAAAGCUAUAAUUCACUUCAUAGAACAUUUUCACAGAAGCAUAAAACUGCUAGGGUUCUGACAUCAACAGCAGCACUGUGUGUUACUCGCCUAAAUUUCAGUAAUUACAAGCAGGAAAAAGUAACUGUCUUAAGGAUCUUGAGUGUCCGUCCUAAAAGUAUAUUUUUGUACUUGUUUUUUUUUAAAGGAAAGUACAAUAAGUGGGGUUGACUUUCGGUCUUCAGGGUAGCCAACAUCAAUGGUUGACUGCAACUAAAUUGUUACUAUGUGAUAACAGAUUUAUGGAUCUAGAAGUGCUCUAAAAAUACAAAAAUAUUCACACAGCGGUCCAUUGCAAUCUGCUGUUCACACAUCAUUUCCCAUGGCUAUCAAUCCAUGCAACAUUAAUAAUAAGAAUGAAUACGUUAAUAUCAUUUAUUUGCUUGUUUGUUUGUUUUGUUUUUUUUACCUCUGAAUGAACGCACACAGAAUGGUUAUUGUGAAGAAAAUCAAUGAAAAGAUAAGGAGGCUAUAAUCAGUCUGAAGACAGGGAAUUGGGUUAAUAGAGGGGAUAUUAGAAGAGAUGAAGUGAGAUUAUAACGUCUGGGUUGUUGAAAAAGUUACAUAGGGCUAUGGCAGGUAAAGGGUGUCGUGAUGAGAAUAUUGAUAAUUGAUUGUUUAUACCUUUCUUGGUAUUAUUGGAUACAUAGCUGUAUUUUUAUGACUGAUAUGCAUUUUUCCCCUGAGGGUUCAGCAGACAAAAUCAAUGUGAAGUAAUAACUGGCACUGGACUAUUUUGCUUAGGAGUGUAACUGCAAGUGAGAAACUGUUUACUGUUGGGAUGGAAGACUCAAAUUGAGAAAUAAAAGCUGAGAAAAUGGAAAUAUAA